AUGAGUGUUCCUAAUUCGCCAACUGAAGAAACCGCUUUACUAGGUUCAGACAUAGUGAGCAAGGAUGAUACAAAAAACCAUUAUAACAAGUGGACGAUUUUACCGGCAUUGUGGAUCGGCGGGUUCUUGUCGGCUUUGGAUAUGACCAUUGUUGCCAGUUUGUAUCCAGUGAUCGGCAGCGAAUUCAAAUUAAUGAAUAAUGCUUCUUACAUAGCUACUUCCUAUUUAAUUACGAAUACCGCCUUUCAGCCUUUGUACGGACGUUUGAGUGAUAUAUUCGGCCGCCGUGCUGCAGUUGUCUUUGCAAACGUUACUUUUACCAUCGGAACCUUUUUAUGUGGUACGUCUCGUAGCCUUGUUGGGCUUUGCAUUGCUCGUGCAAUUGCUGGAAUAGGCGGAGGUGGUCUCGGAACUAUGUCUUCAAUUAUUUCUAGCGAUAUCGUUUCUCUUCGUGAGCGAGGCACUUGGCAGGGAAUUACUAACAUUGUUUGGGGAAUCGGCGGUAGCUUAGGUGGUCCCCUCGGUGGCCUUAUUGCUCAAAGAUGGGGUUGGAGAAUUGCAUUUUUUUUCCAAAUUCCACUUGGUAUUGUCUCGACUAUCGUGGUUGCUUGGCGGGUUCGCAUCAAACCCGUUAUCCGGGGUUCCAAUGCCCCAUUAUUGUCGCGAAUUGAUUACCUGGGCAGCUUUUUGCUUGUCAGCGGGAUUAGUUUACUGAUCAUCACCUUCAGCUUGGCUGGAGAUGCGUAUUUCUGGUUGUCUCCGAUUAUCAUUGGAUUGUUAACCUCAUCUCUGUUACUCCUUUAUGCUUUCUAUUGGGUAGAGAAAAACGUUGCGUUGGAACCUAUUGCUCCUGUCUUCAUCUUGAAACAAAUCACUCCUUUGAAUGUCUGUCUUUGUAAUUUCUUUAAUGCAUUUUGUGGUUUCGUUAUCCUUUAUGAACUCCCUUUGUUUUUUGAAGCUGUGCUGUUUAUGCCAUCCUCUGAGGCAGGUGUCCGCAUCUUCCCUCAUGUUAUCUUUACUUCGUUGGGUUCUGUCUUAGGGGGUCUUUACAUGAAGAAAACUGGUAGAUAUCGUCCUUUAAUUUUAUUUGGAUAUUUUGGCAUGUGGACGAGCAUUGUCGCCUUUAGCGUACUUUUAUCAUUUGGUCAACGCAUUCCUUCAAUUUACAUAACUUUGUUUUUGAGUCUGUCCGGAACCUCUUAUGGUAUGAACUUGACUUCUACCUUGAUUGCUAUCAUUAGCUCCUUGGCUCCCGAAGAACAAGCAGUGGCUACUGGUCUUUCCUACUUAUUCCGUGCCACUGGCAGUGUUAUCGGUAUUAGUCUUUCUCAAACGGCUACGCUGACUCUUGUACUGAGUAAUUUAUCAAAGCAACUUGCUGAUGUCCCAGGAAAAGACGAUCUCAUCCGACGUUUGCGUGAAAGCAUCAGCAUUAUUCCUGACCUUCCAGAAAAUGUUCGUCGUCUUGUCAUCCAAUCUUAUGUUAAAGCAUUCUCGGUUUCCUUUGUAAUCGUGUCUGGCUUCGCUCUUGUCGGAAUCGUUUGCUCUCUAAAAAUCCGUCAAUUCUACUUGCACACAUCUACUCGAUCAGGGAACGAGGAACCGAUUAUGAUUUUUUGA